CAGAGAGAAUUGGGCAAUGGGAGGUGAAGUGAUGGGCGGAUGUGUGUUCGAUGGGAGCAUUUCGAUGCAUGACUUUUUGAUCGAACGAAGGCCUUACCAUCGCAACUGUGGCUGCGCAUUGCACCAUCGCGCCAAAAAUGGGGGCUGUCCGCAUGCUCUUAACACCUCUGUUUCCUUUCUCAAAGCUCGGAAAUGGACCGAUACUUGUCGGCUGCAAAUCCAGGCCAUGUCCGAGUUCUCCGCCCAUGCUGCUCCUACCUCUCUUCUUCACCACCUUUCUUCCGACGCCAGUGGCACAGCAAACCUCGAUGAGAAGCCAAUUGGGGGGCGAUCGUCUUCUCCAUCAACCCCGCCAUCGAAAUUCAGAGCAUAGCUUUCAGGGUCAUAUUGAAACCUGUUCCUCUGUUUUUUCCCCUUCAAAUAGCCUCCCAUUUUUCUAAUGAAGUUCUUCCAUUUGGGUCCAGCCACCAUUUCUGAAACCUCCUUCAAUUUCUUCAAUUUCUUCACCAUCCAAAACUCCUCUUCCCGUCCCCGUUGCUGCUGUAGAAGAUUUCCCUCUUCGUAAUUGCCGUUCCGAUUGAAUCCGAACCCGAAAAGCUGAAAGCAGCUGCACCCAUUUGAGGGAACGGCCUCGUCGGUGUCGUGAAGGUGUUCUUGUUCCUCGUUUAGAGGCGAAUAAGGCGUGGGAGGUGGUCUGGUUUGGUGGGUCGCCAUGGGAGAGAGAAAACAGAGGUCUUAAGUGAAUUGGGAUUGUGGGGAUGGAGGGUUUUGUUCAGGUAGUGGAAGCCAUUGAAGGGAUAUAAAGGAGAGACGAAAUGACGCAGAAAUGGGAAGAUGGGUCCUUUCUUCCGCUCUCAUUCUCGUGUGAUUUGGCCUUGAAUGCGUCUAAAGACGAGUUUAUAUGACGUCCAGGGAAGGAAAGAAAACUCCAAUUGGCAAGUCCAAGGAAAGCUUCCGGCCUCUCUCACGCUCUCUGGUCUACAGUCAAUUUACAAAGUAGAAAGCAAAUCAGGUUUCCACACCUAUAUAAUAAAUGAUUUCUUCAUCCCUCCAACAGAUGUUUGGAUCUUAUAAUCCACUACUCUUUAGGGUCGGGGUCUCCAUUGCAUAUAGUCUGAUGUCUGCUUCCGACAUCAUUUGUAACAGCUCAACCUAUUAUCA